AUGUCGCGCUCGUGUAGCCUGCGUGUGCCAGACCUUUUUACCCCAGGCGCCGAUCUUCACAACUUGACCGCCGCCGCCGCCGCCGCCACCGACACCUCCCAGUCUAAGGCGUCCGACACUGCCAGCCCCUCCCGGUCGGAGGCUGCCACCUCGGUCUUCCAGUCUCCGGAGAAGUUGUCGCAGCUUCGCUUCAAGCGCGCUUGGGGUCUGGUUCGCGACUCGGCCUUCCAACUCCCGGUCCAGUUCCUCCUGGUGUGGUUCACGGUCAACAGCGUGUCUCUCUUCCAAAUUGUCCUCCUCAUCGGCCUCCUUCGCAGUCCGAUCCUCGGUGUGCUGAAUGCCCCGAAGCUUUUCUCAGACAUCUUCCGCGCACCGACCACCCCGCAGGAUACCAAGCAGGGCUCUGCCCCGGCCUCGAACGCCGCCCCGGCCCCCGUCGACAAUUACCUCCUCCCACUGACGGCAUACAUUUUCCUGCAAAUGCUCUCCCUCGGCUUCUGCCUGUUGAAGAUCCACAAACUCGGGCUCCUGCCAACCAGUGCCAGCGACUGGCUGCAGGCUGCUAUGCCCCUUGCCCGGACGGAUGCCCUCGGGCCCCAGGGCCUUGUGUUCGGCUUCGGGGCAGGUCGCUCCUAGAGGCAUGCCCCCCCCCCCC